AUGCCCUUCCGGGCGCCCGCUUCGGCGCUGCCGGACGGGCCGCCCGGCGCGCGGCCGUCUGCCGGCCCCGCGGGCGCCCCCAGCCUGUCGGGCGGCAGGCGGCAGCUCCGGCGGGCCGCGGGCGCCUCUGGGCCCCGCACGAUGGUGCGCUGGGAGCCCUCGGCGGGGUUCACCAGACCGCCCAGCGCAACGUCGGCCCGCCCAGCGGGCGGCACUGGAGCGUUCGGCGGGGGAGUCUGGUCCGGCACCGUGGGGCCGCCGCUGCGGCGAGCUGCAGUAGUCGUGCCUCUGGCUGGAAGCCCUCGCGUGAAGGCUCUCGUACUCCGCGGCGAGCUCGAGCAGCCGCUGCUGGAAAAUACGAGGCUGCAUGGGGGAGUGGGGCCUCGGCUGCCGCCAGCGCGCGUGCGGGCCUGGGCGGAGCCCAAAUGCUUUGAGCUCUGCAGCCGAAGUGGAAGAUGCGGACGAGGCGGAUGA